AACGAGGUCAAUUGGGCACUACGCUUUUGGCUGGUGGCGGAGGCCUGGAUGCCUAUGCUGAACGACAGCGCGAAUCACUACUUUCCACUGAUGGCCUGCUUACCAACCUGGCUGCCUGUCUUGUCCGCCUCUCAGGGCCACUUAUUUAUGCACAAAGCUCAUCCAAAGUGGCUUCGAGUUGCUCUAAUAGUAAAAGUAAGGAUGGUAAGACAUUCUCCCAAAGCUCUAGUAAUCAUCUGAGCGAUAAUUUCGUCCUUGAUGAGACACCCGAAGACCGCUUUAUGGAAGAAGAAUUUAGAGGUCCGGAUGAAACAGUUCUUUCACGAGUUUGGUCCUGCUAUGCUCUCGAGACGCAAUCGGAUUGCACCGUUCUCCCAGGUUGGAGCAUACCUCUUACUCAAAUUAACCUUACUACCUUUUUCCAUAUCUUCAAAAUUUCACAACCCAUGCUUGUUUUAAACGUGGGCGAAGACCGGAUGCCUGUUCGAAGAGCUCUCUAUCUCCAGCUUAUUUUAUCAUAA